UUAAUCCUGCGAGCCAGAGGAAGCCGGUAAAGAAGCAACUUGCCGCGGUAUUGCGCCAGCCAGCUCAAGCGCUGCCCUGUGCGCUCGCUCCGGUCUGACCGUCCUCCUGCUCCCGAGCCGCUGUUUCGCGCUCCUCGCAGGGAAAACCUGUCGCCGCGGCCAGUGAGCGGGCAGAAUGGAAGACACUAAGGAGAGCAGCUCCAGCUUCCUGCCGCCUUUCAGGCACUUCGCCACGCAGGCUAUCCACGUGGGGCAAGACCCCGAACAAUGGAACUCGCUGGCUGUGGUGCCCCCGAUCUCCCUCUCGACCACGUUCAAGCAGCGCGCGCCCGGGCAGCACAGCGGUUUUGAAUAUAGUCGCUGUGGAAAUCCUACUCGUGACUGCUUGGAAAAAGCUGUGGCAGCACUAGAUGGUGCCAAAUACUGUUUAGCGUAUGCUUCUGGAUUAGCAGCAACUGUGAACAUUGCACACUUAUUGAAGGCAGGAGAUACUGUUAUUUGUACAGACGAUGUCUAUGGCGGUACAAAUAGAUAUUUUCGAAGGAUAGCAACAGAUAUGGGUCUAAAUGCUGUUUUUGUUGACUGCACCAAACUGGAAUGCCUUGAGAAUGCAAUUACACCGGAGACCAAGCUUGUAUGGAUUGAAACACCAACAAAUCCAACACUGAAAGUUGUUGAUAUUCAAGGAUGUGCGAACAUUGUUCGUAAACACAAAGGAGUUAUUUUAGCAGUAGACAAUACUUUUAUGUCUGCAUAUUUCCAGCGUCCUUUGUCUUUAGGAGCAGACAUUUGUAUGUAUUCAGCAACCAAAUACAUGAAUGGACACAGUGAUGUUGUAAUGGGAUUGGUUUCAGUAAAUGAUGAUAAACUCCACGAGAAACUCAGGUUCUUGCAAUAUUCCAUUGGAGCGAUUCCAUCUCCUUUUGAUUGCUACCUUUGCAACCGAGGUUUAAAGACUUUGCCAAUCCGGAUGAAACAGCAUUUUCGCAAUGCGUUGACUGUGGCCCAAUACCUUGAGUCAGAUCCGAGGGUUGAAAAAGUCAUUUUCCCUGGAUUGCAGUCACACCCACAAUAUGACCUGAUGAAACGUCAGUGCACGGGCUGCCCAGGAAUGAUUUCCUUUUACAUCAAAGGAAACCUUGAACAUGCUUCUAGAUUCCUUAAAAACUUAAAGCUUUUUACCCUGGCUGAAAGUCUGGGAGGAUACGAAAGUCUAGCAGAACAUCCUGCAAUCAUGACUCAUGCCUCAGUUCCAAAGGCAGACCGAGAGGCCCUUGGAAUAUCAGAUACGUUGAUUCGCAUAUCUAUUGGAUUGGAAGACUCGGAAGAUUUACUAGAAGAUUUGGACCAAGCUCUGAAAGCAGCGAUUCCUGAUUAUAGAAUCCGUAACUAGGAGUCUUAAACUUGAAGUGGCAAUUGAUUAAUUUGCAAAGUAAUGGAGGGAAGAUUAACUGGCUGCUCAGUCGUUCAUGAAUUUCCACUGGAUCUGAUUUAUAGAAAACCGAGAAAACAUUAUAGGUGUUUGUUGAUAUCCUCAGGUCACUGAAUCUGCAAAGACUUUCAAAUGGGCCAUUUCCUAAUCAUCUGCUUCUUUUAAUUUUAAGAAUCAAAAUAUUCACCUUUACAUUACAUUUACAUUAGCUCUCAGAUUAUCAUGAUUCACAUUCAGGAAUAUGUUUGUUUAUAAUUGCCUGAUAAUAUCUAUAUUUGUUUAGCAUAAGCUGAUGUUGGGGCUAAGCUGAGCUGCAAAUCAGGACUACUUCUUAAUAAUGCAUAUGAAGCCCUUUAAAGAUUAGAAAGCGCUAUAUAAAUAUUAUGGAACAGUUUUCAAAAUAGUGGUAUGUCAGCGCAUCAGACUUCCCCUUCAUUAUUUACUUGUGAUGCAGAUUUUUUAAAGUUGAUAUCUGAUGCAAACAAGCAACAACCCUGCCUCAAAUACAACUCCCCCCCAAAAAAAUUAUGUUAAUUUUGCAAACCUUUAUGAUUGGUAUUUUCUCAAAUUUCCAUGCUAACUGAAAUGCAAUACAUUUUGCAAUUUAGUGACAUGGUUUUCCACUUAAGCAUGGUGGAUAUUAAGGGCAAAGACAAAUAAAAAUGUGUAUAGUAAGAAUGAGUACUCACAAAAAUAUAUAAUAAUGUAUUUUAAAAAUACAUGCACUAGGAAGGUGCAUAUAUUUGGGGAGAUGCCCACAAAAAACAGUGUACACAUUUUUAUGCUUAUUUUUUAUCAAGCUCUCAAACUGAUACAGAAAUGGAUAGAAGCAAACUUAUGAUCUGAAAAUGUGAAUCUGAGACAAGUUUAAUGUCUGGAUCUGUUAUUUCUCUUUACUGUGCAAUACUGAAAAAAAUGUAGCAGUUAAUUACAUAACACCAUAUGUGUUACUUUUUAAAAAGUUAAGUAUUGAAAAUUUGAUUUGAUAUCUCUUGAUUUAUCAAUAUAUAUAUUUAAUUAUAAUUUUGGUUAUCUUCCUUGUCUUGAAGUUCUGAAGUUCUUGGUAAAUUAGCUAUUUGAAAUUAAGUACUAUUUCCAUAAGCAAUAUACGACAAAGUUCAUGUGCACGUGGAUUAUCCAUAAAGUUGAUUGAUUUUAGGUCCAAUUUACCUGAAGAGUUGUUU